AUGUCAGGUCUCGAGGCUCUAGGCCUGGCAUGCAAUAUCUUUCAAAUCAUCAGCUUCGGCCGCGAGACUGCCAGCCUGGUCAAGCGUAUAUAUCGAGAUGGCACCAUCGAUGAUGUCCUCGAGGCGAACGCCAAGGAUCUCGCUCAACUAGCAUCACACGUCCAGACUCUUGAAGUUCCAAAGAAGCCGACCAAGCAAGAGCACCAGUUGCUCGAGAUCGCCAAAAAGUGCCAGGCUGUUGCGCGAGACUUGACGGAGGAGAUCGCGUUCAUUGUCGGCCACAAAAAGAAGGGGAGCCUUGCUUCGACAAUCAAAGUGGCUGCGAAGGCGAACUGGCGAAAGAGACGGCUUGACACCAUGGAGAGGAAGUUGAACGAUGCAGAGAGGCUGAUGCAGUGCGGCCUUCUAGCACGGAUCUGCCAGAAGGCCGAUGCCAUGCACCUUGAUUUGAAGUCACUUGACACCAACCUGCAACACUUCCUAGGGCAAUAUCAACAAGGUCACAGAGACACGUCCGACCUGAUAUCCAUGGAGAUGUUCAGGACACGCAACCACGUCACCUGUGAAUCACAAAAGGCCACAGAUCAGAUUCGAUCAAUGCUGGAAUGGCAGCUUUGA